CCCACCGAGCCAGCUCAGCCAGGCAGGGCCGGGAGGGAGUGGGACAGAUUCUGGGAGUGCAGCGGGGAGGAGUCCUGGCUGGGCUGAGCGGGGAGCUUGCUUGGCAGUGCCAGAGCCCAGGCCCUAGAUCCCUGCUGGAGAGGCGGUGGACCGAGGAGGCAGGUCCUGUGAGGAGCUGAAGCAGGGAGAUGGCUGACUGCUACACUGAUCUGGAGAAGGCGGUGGUUGUCCUGGUGGAAAACUUCUACAAAUAUGUGGCUAAGCACAGCCUGGUCAAGAACAAGAUCAACAAGAGGAGCUUCCGAAAGAUGCUCCAGAAGGAGCUAAACCACAUGCUAACGGACACAGGGAACCGAAAAGCUGCAGACAAGCUCAUCCAGAAUCUAGACGCCAACCAUGAUGGGUGGAUCAGCUUUGAUGAGUACUGGACCUUGAUAGGUGGCAUCACCAGCCCCAUUGCCAACCUCAUCCGCCAGCAAGAGCAACAGGGAAGCUGCUAGAGGCCCUACCCAAUACCCUUUCCAGGUCCUGACCCAUGUCCUAGCCCUGGUGCUGGUCUCAGGCUCCCCCUCAGCCUCUUCUGCCCUCUCAGCCCCUUUCUUUCCUUUUCCCUCCAUCCCUGCUCCUGCUCCUCCCUGAAUAGCUGAGGGAAGAUGUUAGGGUCCCCUUGUGAGUGUCUUGGUUUCAGGGGGUGCUUCCCUGAGGGUCUCAGCCCCUGGAGCCAAUAUGCCCUAGGAGCCUCUCUGUGAGAUUUCAAUGCUGUUUGGGGACCUUAAGAGUUCUCUCAUCUCUUCAGUCUAUUUACCCCAAUAAUGUCCGAUGUUCCUAUCUGAUGCUUGCCUGACUCAGGAUCUGUCCUGACCUCCGGAGGUCAGCUUGCUGCUUGAGGUCUCUUAAAAACAGCAGCAACAGCAGCAUCCACUCCCCCUCCCUUCAGUUCAAGCCCCUCGGCUGGAAGGAAAAGCACUCCAGAGCUUCUCUUCCAGCUGCCUCAACCUGGGAAUGAAUGAGCUAAGCUUUGCUGAGCCUCCUUCCUCAGCUCAGCCACUGAGAUAAUGGCAAUAAAGGCUGGAUUUGGAAUUUGUA